AUGUGAUAAUUGCCGAACUGACUUCAGCAUCAGCGUUUGUUAUCGUCCAUAUGCAGUCCAUGUGUAAAAUAACCUUCUUGACAAAAUAAUCUGUUUGACACUUCAGAUGAUCGAAUUUUACCCGGUUGUUCAAAAUUAAUUCUAAACUACAGAAAACGAAAUCGCUCGUCAUUUUUUUUUCGAGUAUUUUUGAAAGUUGAUGAAAGAAUGGAGCAAAAAUAUGUAUGGUUUGCAGUGUUGUUGGCAAUCUGUUAUCAAUUGUACACCAAUGAAAAACAUCGAAAUUUUGUUGAGAAAAUAUUGAAAGGAGAGUUUGACAUUUUUCCAACGAGUCAAAAGAAAAUUGGAGAAUCAUUGAUCACUGACAACGAGCUAAAGAAGUACAAUAACCUCGAAAAUGGUUUAUACUUGUCUAUUAUCGGUAAUAUUUUCGACGUGACUGCAGGGGCUAAACAUUAUGGGCCUGGUGCAACUUAUCAUCUUUUCACUGGAAGAGACGCUUCUUUGGCAUUUGUCACUGGUGAAUUUGAGGAAGGAUCCUUGUCUGACGAUAUAUCCAGCUUAUCCAAUUUGCAAUUGAAGUCCAUCAAGACUUGGAUCAAGUUUUACAAUGAAAAUUAUAUUUACAAAGGAAAACUCAUUGGAAGAUAUUAUGAUAAGAAUGGUAAUCCAACAACGGAAUAUGAAACAUUCGAAGCAAGAGUGAAACUUGCAGAGGAUGAGCAAAAUAAGGAAGAGGAAAAAAUGAAAAUGUUUCCACCUUGUAACGUUGAGUGGAAAGUUGAUGUUGGAACAAGAGUUUGGUGCACGCAACAAAGUGGCGGAAUUUCGAGGGAAUGGGCGGGAGUACCUAGAAAAUAUUUCGAAGGUGUGGAUCAAGGAAAACAAAGAUGUGCCUGUGUAAAUUUGGGGAGCAAAAUCUACGAAGAGAACGAAGCGAAAUUUCGUGAAUACGACAGAUGUCCGAAGCUAUCUGAAUCUUGCACAAUACCGACGCACGAUUAAUCAAUAUUAGACCAAAUAUAAAACAUCAAGUAUUAAUCAACCGUAUGUCCAUUCAUAGAGAAGUUCUGAUGAAAAAGAAUUUUUGCUAGAAGAAAAAAUUCUAGGAAUAAGAAAAUUUUGUGAUCAAGCAAGUAUUAAGCUUAAACAGCGCAAAAAAAUAUGUAAAUAUACACAUAGCUCAUUACUUUUCGACUGUAGCCUACAGGCUUGGAUCAAGGGUUAAGUUGCCCAUUAUUUUCAAAAGAAAUGGGUUAUGCAUAAAGACGUCCUCCGAAUUUUAACUAUAAAUAGAGAAAUCCGAUGGCUAUAGGAAUUUUUAAGAUUAAGUUUUUCCAUACGAGCUCUAUAAAGUUUAAGCCUUCGUAUGAUGCGGGAUCUCUUUUCUCUAAUUUUGUAUUUUUGAGAAAAGAAUCAUUUUUUAUUCAAAACGAUGAUCGAAUUAGCACCUUUUUUUUUUUAAUUACGAUUUUUACCAAGUUUGUCUGUUUUUGAAAUGCUGCUGGGGCAAACAUUUUCGAUAUAGAUGGCUCAAACUUUUCAUCUAUGCAUCCUCUAUAACUGCCUAUACUUAUUUUUAUAAACUGGCAAAUUCCUUUUUAUACACGGCUUCUUGGAGCUAAUUGAUUUUUGAAAAAUCGCGGCUCCCCUUUCGAAAACUAUUGCCCCGUCAGCAUUUCAAAAAUACGCGAAAUUUUAUAAAAAUAGUGAAGAAAUGUUAAAUUUAUCGAGUUUUCAUUUGGAGUGAAAAAUUUCUUUUUUUCUCAAAAAUAUAAGAAAUCGUGGGAAGUGUUCAACUUUUAAAAAUUUCAAAAAUUUUUACAAUUAUCAUCAGGUCUUUUUAGGAUCAGCCCAUAUUUGGAGGGUCGUUUUUUUUAAUAACCUUUUUUUUUUAGAGAAAGACAGUGUUCUAAUCGCUGACUCAAGCUUAAAUUCAAUUUUAUUUUAUUACUAGGGAAAUUUUGUUACAUUAGAGUUAUCGGCUAAAGCAAAGACGCACCUUUUGUGGCAUAAAGAUGUUCUGUUUAUUACACUAUUUUUUUGUACCCCAACAUCCUUAAAAAAAUACUCAUUAAAGUUAGAACGAAAAGGAUC